AUGGGCGAGCUGCCAAUCAACCCGAAUACCUUCAUCAUCGUCGCCACGCGCGGGCAUCGCUAUGACAAUGUCGCGCUUGCCGCAGCCGCCAGGACUUCCGCGAAGUAUGUCGGCUUGCUGGGGAGCAAGCGCAAGAUUAUCCUCAUCUACGAAGACCUGAUGCGGAUGGGCAUAUCCAACGAGCGCAUACGCGAGAUUGCGCGCGCCGUCGGACUGGACAUCGGGGCGCGCACGCCCGAAGAGAUUGCAGUGAGCAUCAUGUCCGAAGUGUUGAUGUUCCGGCUGGGCGGCACUGGCAGCGUGAUGAAGCUCGAAGAGCGUCUGAUGGGUCGCAUCGAGGAGAAGCACGGCGCUGCCGCGGUGGUCGCAGACUAG